UCUUCAUCUAGAUAUUAAUAUUUACGUUGAUUUAGGGCGUAUUCUCUGUAAAAGGGAGACUGGGUAGUGUUGGUACGCGUAAACGAAAUUGGUAUUGCGACGUAGAUGUCGGGAAAACCUUGCAAUUGAAAAAGGAAGAACUUUGACUUCUUUGAACUUUUUAAACCCAUCGUGAUAAAAAGAUAAGUAUAACUGCAAUUCAACUGAAAUAUUAAUGAUUUUGAACUGUUUAUGGCGUUUCAAGGAAAGUUUGUGCAUAACCCAUUUCGCCUUCAAACUGAACAGAUGUUGCCAAAGUCUAAACUGAAAAAGGCAUUUAAAAUUUGUGUAAUGGACUCUGUGCAAUUAACAACUGCAAGACGUUUGACUGUUCCAUGGUUGUAUUCCAAGCGUCAUCCCUUGGCUGGCCUUUGGUUAGUAGCUUUAGUUCUUAUUACUAAUCCAUUAUCAUCUUCUUCGAAUCCAAUAGCAGAUGAAUCUAGGAAGUCAUCUAACGAUUUACCCUUCGCAAAUCAAAAGAUGUGUUCGUUUGCAGAAAGUGAAUUUAAACAAAUUGAUAAAUUGUUUCAAAACAUUGCUAAUAACGACGUAAGUAAUCAUACGUCGUGUGAAAUUAAAGACGUUGACCUUCCCAUUGAUAGUGUGACGGAUUUGUUGGAAGAUUGUAGUCGGUGGACAGAAUCAAUUACUAGAAAUUUGAAUGGCGUUAUAAAUGCUUAUGUUUGUCUGCGCAAUGCGCCGAAAGCGAUUUCAAAUAAUCGUUUUGAGGAAUUGAAAGCAGAUUACAAUAAUAAAUUUCUUCAACUGCAGCGACAAAUGGAGAAUGCCAAUAAGAAAUUGAAUGAGAAAUCUAAAAAGGAGUUUGAUAUAUUGGCAAAGCGGUAUCAUGAAAUCGGAAAGAAAAUGCAAGAAGCUUUGGAUGCAUUGGAAAAAGAACGAUUCCAUCAUGCAGAAGUUACUGUCACGCUGAUAACGGUAUAUUUGGGAAAUGACAAUAUAGAUUCAGCGUGGGAUGUGUUCAACAAAAAAUCCAUGGGGAUGAGCUACAAAAAAACCACCGCAAUGAUGAAAGGAAUCCUUGGCGAAGCAUUCAGUGCCAACGUUCCAAUUACAAACGUCAUCAGGUUUAUCGGAGGGUUGAAGAACAACGCUAACAUAAUGGUUCGCGGCGUUAUCGUUAUAUUCAACGAGUUGGAGAAAAGACAAACUAUUGAUCGGGAUAUUGUCAAUGUUUUGGAUGAAACAAUCGCGGAUAUCAUUCAAACAUGUCUUCGCCUAGAAACACUUGAUGCAGAGAAAUCUCAGUUAACAGUAGACGUACAUAGGUUUGAUCAACUAAUUGUCAUACAUAACAAAAUAGAAUUUUUGAAAUAUAUUUAUGGUCAGUAA